CAAAUCGGGGCGUCGCUGCUGGUGUGCUGAAUCGAAAAACAAAUUUGACAAGCAAAAUUGGGAUAUUUUCCCGGAAAGUAUCUAAUUUUCUCGAGAAGGCUAACAAUGACUAAGAUUUCGGUUCAGCAACUGUUCUUUCUGUUCUCGAUCUUCUUCUUCAUCCAUGAAUCUUCCAGUUCAUAUGCUGGUUCAGCUAGUUCCAUCAUCAACCCCGCUAAAGUCAAACAGAUUUCAUGGAAACCAAGAGCUUUCAUCUACGAAGGAUUUCUUACGGACUUGGAGUGCGACCAUUUGAUCUCGCUCGCAAAAUCGGAACUUAAGAGAUCAGCUGUCGCCGAUAACGAGUCCGGGAAGAGCACGCUUAGCGAAGUCCGUACUAGCUCCGGCAUGUUCAUAUCUAAGGCCAAGGACCCUAUUGUUGCUGGUAUAGAGGACAAGAUUUCAACGUGGACUUUUCUUCCUAAAGAAAAUGGAGAAGACAUACAAGUACUGAGAUAUGAAGAAGGCCAGAAAUAUGAACCACACUAUGAUUACUUUGCCGACAAAGUCAACAUUGUUCGGGGUGGACACCGCAUAGCAACUGUACUCAUGUAUCUCACCGAUGUUGUCAAGGGUGGUGAAACUGUAUUCCCUCAUGCAGAGGAGAAUCCACGCCAUAAGCCUUCCACAACCCACGAAGACUUCUCUGAGUGUGCAAAGAAAGGAGUUGCCGUCAAAGCACGACGAGGGGAUGCCCUUCUUUUCUUCAGUCUUCUCCCAACUGCUAUUCCGGACACACUCAGUCUCCACGCAGGGUGUCCAGUCAUCGAAGGUGAGAAAUGGUCAGCAACAAAAUGGAUACAUGUAGAUUCAUUUGACAAGGACGUGUCAGCUGGUGGGACCUGUACAGACAUGAAUGAAAGCUGUGAGAAAUGGGCUGCCCUUGAUGAAUGCACCAAGAACAAAGAAUACAUGGUUGGAUCUCCAGAACUUCCUGGAUACUGUAGGAGGAGUUGUAACGUGUGUUAGAAUCUUCAUCUCACCACUUCAAGCAUCCGUUCUAGGAUUCCUCGGGUUAGUAUCUAUUCAUUUUGUUCAUUUUCAACUGGAUUUACUGUACGGUUCAUGACAAGUAAUUUUAUUACAGACAGUUAAUUUAAAGCAAGCCAUGUGCUGUUCUUUUUGUAGUAGUUGGUGUGGUGGCUAUGUCUGCUCCCUCUCCAUUUUGAUUAUCUCUUUAUCUCUGUGAUAUUUACUGAAAAUGAAAUAGUAUUUGUUAAUGCAUCAAAAGAUAUGAUUGGGAUUUGAUUGAUUAA